AUGGCGGUCAAGGUGCAGACAACCAAGCGAGGUGAUGCUCAUGAGUUAAGAAACAUAUUCUUACAGUAUGCCAGUACUGAAGUCGAUGGAGAACAUUAUAUGACCCCGGAGGACUUUGUCCAGCGCUAUCUUGGACUGUAUAAUGAUCCAGAUAGUAAUCCGAAGAUUGUUCAGCUCUUGGCAGGAGUAGCUGAUCAAACCAAGGAUGGGUUGAUCUCCUAUCAAGAGUUUUUGGCAUUUGAAUCUGUUUUAUGUGCUCCAGAUUCCAUGUUCAUAGUGGCUUUCCAAUUGUUUGACAAGAGUGGAAAUGGAGAGGUGACAUUUGAAAAUGUCAAAGAAAUUUUUGGACAGACUAUUAUUCAUCAUCAUAUCCCUUUUAACUGGGAUUGUGAAUUUAUCCGACUGCAUUUUGGGCAUAAUCGGAAGAAGCAUCUUAACUACACAGAAUUCACACAGUUUCUCCAGGAGCUACAAUUGGAACAUGCAAGACAAGCCUUUGCACUGAAAGACAAAAGCAAAAGCGGCACGAUUUCUGGUCUGGAUUUCAGUGACAUCAUGGUUACCAUUCGGUCUCACAUGCUUACUCCCUUUGUGGAGGAGAACUUAGUUUCAGCAGCUGGAGGAAGUAUCUCACAUCAAGUUAGCUUCUCCUACUUCAAUGCAUUUAACUCCUUGCUGAAUAACAUGGAGCUUGUUCGUAAGAUAUAUAGCAUUCUAGCUGGCACAAGGAAAGAUGUGGAAGUCACAAAGGAGGAGUUUUCCCAGAAUGCAAUACGGUAUGGACAAGUCACCCCACUAGAAAUUGAUAUCCUAUACCAACUUGCAGACUUAUAUAAUGCUACAGGGCGCUUGACUUUGGCAGAUAUUGAGAGAAUAGCUCCGUUGGCUGAGGGGGCCUUACCUUACAACCUGGCAGAACUUCAGAGACAGCAAUCUCAUGGUUUAGGCAGGUCUGUCUGGCUCCAGGUUGCCGAGUCUGCUUACAGAUUCACUCUGGGCUCAGUUGCUGGAGCCGUGGGAGCCACUGCAGUAUAUCCUAUAGAUCUGGUGAAGACCCGCAUGCAAAACCAGCGUGGCACUGGCUCUGUGGUGGGAGAGCUGAUGUACAAAAACAGCUUUGACUGUUUUAAGAAAGUCUUGCGUUAUGAGGGCUUCUUUGGACUCUACCGGGGCCUGAUACCACAACUUAUAGGGGUUGCUCCAGAAAAGGCUAUUAAACUGACCGUUAAUGAUUUUGUUCGGGACAAAUUCACCAAAAGAGAUGGUUCCAUUCCACUUUUUGCAGAAAUCCUUGCUGGAGGUUGUGCUGGCGGCUCUCAGGUCAUCUUUACCAACCCACUGGAGAUUGUAAAGAUUCGGUUGCAGGUGGCUGGGGAGAUCACCACAGGGCCCAGGGUCAGUGCCCUCAACGUGCUCCGAGACCUGGGACUUUUUGGUUUGUAUAAGGGUGCCAAAGCGUGUUUCCUCCGAGACAUUCCCUUCUCUGCCAUCUAUUUUCCUGUGUAUGCUCACUGCAAACUGCUUCUGGCUGAUGAAAACGGACGCGUGGGAGGUGCAAAUCUGCUGGCAGCUGGAGCCAUGGCAGGUGUGCCUGCCGCUUCUCUGGUGACCCCGGCUGAUGUCAUCAAGACAAGACUGCAAGUGGCUGCCCGUGCUGGCCAGACCACAUACAGUGGUGUCAUCGACUGUUUCAGGAAGAUACUCCGGGAAGAAGGGCCCUCAGCUUUUUGGAAAGGAACAGCAGCCCGAGUGUUUCGGUCCUCUCCCCAGUUUGGUGUUACCUUGGUCACCUAUGAACUUCUCCAGCGGUGGUUUUACGUUGACUUUGGAGGCCUCAAACCCUCUGGCUCCGAACCCACACCUAAGUCACGUAUCGCAGACCUUCCUCCUGCCAAUCCCGAUCACAUCGGUGGAUACAGACUCGCCACAGCCACUUUUGCUGGCAUUGAAAACAAGUUUGGCCUUUAUCUCCCCAAAUUUAAAUCUCCUAGUGGCCCUGUGGCUCAGUCAAAGCCAGUGGCAGCAGCUCAGUGA